AUCUCAUGGUGGAUGUUCCUGGACAUGGAAAGGUGGUGGUGGACAUUGCAUAUGGUGGAGCAUUUUAUGCACUGGUUAGUGCAGAAAAGUUUGGACUUGAUAUAUGUUUUGCGAAGACAAGAGACCUUGUGAACGCAGCGAGUGCAGUGACAGAAGCAGUGAAAGCUCAGUUUAAAAUUACUCAUCCUGAUAAUGAAGACCUUUCCUUUCUCUAUGGAACUAUAUUAACAGACGGAAAAGAUGCUUAUAGUGAGGAACCAACCACCAACAUCUGUGUAUUUGCAGAUGAACAGGUUGACAGGAGCCCCACUGGCUCAGGAGUGACAGCCCGAAUUGCUCUGCAGUAUCAUAAAGGCCUUCUAAAACUGAACCAAACCAGGAUCUUCAAAAGCAGUGCAACUGGCUCUGUGUUCACAGGGAAAGCUGUGAGGGAAGCAAAAUGUGGUGACUUCAAAGCGGUUAUAGUGGAAGUAUCAGGACAAGCGCAUUACACAGGUGCAGCAAGCCUUACUGUAGAAGAUGACGACCCACUGAAGGAUGGGUUUCUUCUCAAGUGACCUCUUCCAUGAAUUUUAUGGGAUUUCCUUCCAAAGUAAUUAUUAUCUAUAAUCAAUGUUUCCUCUAAAUUAUGUUAACCAUUAUUGAGUAAUACAUGCCAUCUAAUAUCCCUUCUUUCUAAAAUAGUACACU